UCCAUCCUCUUCGAUAAUCUCCUGGUUUUUCCUGCAAGAAUCGGCGGCAAUGGUGAUGAGAUUCGUGUUCUUGCUGCUCCUGGCACUGGGAUUCGCCAGCGCCAAGGACUCGUCGGAUCUCGUGCUUCCCCACCCCAGGAAGGUCGUGAAAGAGAAGGGCGGGAGGAUUUUGGGCUGGGAUCGCGACGCCACAGCGUUCGAAGAGAUCGGCGUCAAGAGCGAGAUCAUCCAUUUGAAGCCAAAUGGUUUGGUGCUGCCAAUGUAUGUGGAUGCCGAUAGCUUGUGCUACGUCUUGGAAGGGAGGGCUACUGCUGGAAUCGUUCGCCCUUCUGGAGAAGCCACAAACACGAGAUAUGUGAGAGUUGGAGAUGUUGUAGCUCUUCCCGCUGGAUGGAUGGUUUGGCUAUGGAACACUGGUGGAUUGGGCAUGAAGAUGUUUUGCGUGAACAAGCCAGUCCUCCAGGAAGAUUGUAAGUCGUGCAAGACUUACUUUCUUGCCGGAUCCGAGGAAAGCAAGAAGGGCUCUUUCCUCCACGGAUUCAGCGACGAGGUUCUCAAGAGGACGUUCCAAGUUGAUAUGAAAGAAGCUCGCAGCAUCGUUGAAGCGCAGAAGAGCUCCGUGUUUGCGGACGCAAAGGAAUUCGACAACGAAGUUAGCAGUGAUCAAUCUGACAAUGGAGAGAUGCGAGGUGAUCUUUCUUUCAACAUGGAGAUUGCUCACCCGGAUGUGAUCGAGUCCGGUGGCCGUAUGACGCUCCUGGACGAUACCAAGAUGAGGAUCCUGGAACACUUGAGCUUUGGAGCGGUUCGCGUCAAGCUCAAUCCCUCCAGCAUGUUUGCUCCACAGUGGCUUCUCGGCUCUGGACAAAUCGUCUACGUGACCAAAGGAAAAGGCCGAGUCGAGGUUGCAACGCAAGAAGGCCAAGCAGCUAUCGAGCAGACGGUUGAUGCUGGCGACGUUUUCGUUGUUCCACCAUAUCAUCCUCACGCUGUUGUGAAUACUGGGAGCUCCCCAAUGGAAUGGAUUUGCAUCCACUUCACGUCGAGCUUCUACCCGAGUUUUCUGUCCGGAUCGAGGUCUGUCUACGCGUCCAUCCCUCUGGAAGUUCUCAGUGCGUCUCUCAACACCUCCGACGAUGUCGCUGACAUGGUUCGCAGCGCUCACGCAAGCGAGAAGAUGUUUUUCACGCUCGACCGUGGUUUCUUCAGUAUCGUGUAAGAAGUGUUCCUGUAA